AUGGACGUAGUCGGUGCGAGUUUUUACGGGAUAAACAUCGACUCACUAAACAACCCUGGUCAACCGAUUGAACGGUACUUGAAGCGCAUAUUUGGCGCUGACGGCACCAUUGGCCAGGCCAUGUCAUUAAUAGCCCCAACGGUGGCCAAGUGGUUGGGACUCGAGUUUUUCGACACCGAGUCGACCGCUUAUUUCGAUGCCCUAACCGAUCGUAUAUUAAGUGAACGGAAACACAAUAAUAAGUAUACAAACAGUCGGCGAACGGAUUUCGUGCAACUGAUGAUCGACUCCGAGAAGUCUAAUCGGGAUUUGGGUUACGACUCGAGUAGUGAUGUAGACCCCACUCCCGAAGGGGAGUCCCAAACCGCGGGUCAACCCAAGGGUAGCCUAACUCCCGAUGAAACAAUAGCCCACGGAAUGUCGCUAUUAAUAGCUGGCUACGAAACUUCCAGUUCCACCAUGAUUCAUUCAAUAUUUUAUUUGUCAACCAACAUGGACUGCCAAACCCGAUUGUUUGAGGAGUUAAGCACUUGUACCGAGUUCACCAACGACACCACGGUGCAUUUAAAAUAUUUAAACGCGGUGAUCAACGAGACAUUACGACUCGCUCCACCCCUGACCGUUUACCAUCGUGUGUGCCGUCAAGACUACAAAUUGGGAGAUACGGGCAUAAUAAUACCUAAGGGUACGUUAGUAGAGAUAUUUCCGCACGCUUUACACCGGGACCCGGACUACUGGCCCAACCCCGACGAUUUCAUACCCGACCGGUGGUUCGAGCCCACGCACCAUCCCCACGCCUACAUACCAUUUGGCGGCGGCCCUCGUGUUUGUAUCGGUCAACGGUUUGCCAUGAAUGAGAUGCGAAUGUGCCUGGCUAAGUUAUUUAGUAAAUAUGAAUUUACACUGGCACAACCUAAUGUUUUGGAUCAACACUUAGCCCUUAGUAAUCCUAAUAGUGAUGAGUGCGCGAGUGGUUGGUCACCAUAUUUGGACCAAAAGUGUUUCAUAGCGUUGGAAACGGUUGGCACGGAAUCGGAAGCGGAGGCCAAGUGUUCACAAUUGGAUCCGACGGCCACUUUGGUUACCAUACAUACGGUUCAGGAGGAGGAAUGGCUCACAAACUACUUGAAAGGUUUUGCACACAUUUCGGAGUACGUGUGGAUUGGCCUCAAAUGGUCGGGAAAGGGGUUCGUAUGGGUCGACAACAGCCCCUUAGAUUAUAAGAGUUGGGGAAAGGAUGCCGUACUGGACGGCAGCCUAUUGUGCGCCGACUUCUCCAUAAGCACCUAUACGUUGGGGAACUGGACCGACAAUUUGUCUAAGAUUAGCAUCCUGGAAAAACAGACAGUUCCCGUGGGUUUCAUAUAUACACAAUUGCCAAACAUGUCGGCUCCGGUAGAUUUAUGGCAAACCAUGAAAUGGGAUGACGUGACCGCACAAUAUGCCGGAUUAUUUUUCCGAGCCGAUGGUGGGACCGCUGCCAAGUUUGGUGACAUUCAACCGGCUAAUUAUUCAGCUAUUUCCACAGUUAGUAAUAUGUACGAGGUCAAUACGGGUACAGUGACCGAUGGCCGGUGCAAAGGGGACGUGUUUUUCUCAUCCAAUGCCUAUGUGGCUGAUGACCAGUACGGGUGCUCCGGUGGUAAAGGGUCGGCAUCUUUCACCAUAGACUACAUCUAUGGGCAUAUAACCGGAACCAAGUGCCCGUCCACCUGCACCCUGGACACCGGGUUCAUUAAGCUUAACCCACCUAUCUCAAAUAAUUGAUUUGUUUAAAUAAUGUUAUUAAAAAUUUUUAUUAAUUAAUGUAUUAAAUUGACAAAUAAAUUAUUUUAUCAUACAA